UUUAUAAAUAAAACAUUCGCCGACCUAAUACCUGCUUCUUUUGAAACUUUUCAGAAUUAUUCCUGUUGGGCGUUAAACACUGAGGGAAGUAAACAAAUUCUGGAGCAUUCCAGAUAAAGAUGCUGUGCUUCAUUUCUACAUCAAACACAGAAAUGAAAACAAAGUCAUACUGUACGUUGGUCGCCAUGUGAGGGAGCUGCUGGGGGUGGGUGAGCCGUUUUCUCCGCCCUCCUGGCUCCGCUAUAAUAUCCGCUGUCAGCGGCACCAGCCGCAGCGUCCUGCGCCACAUGGAGCUCAGCGCCGCAGCAGCUCUGCGCUCAACAUGGACGUGAACAUCGCUGUUAUGGGCACGGAGAGCGUCGGGAAGUCAGCGCUGACCGUGCGCCUCCUGACGCGGAGGUUCAUCGGAGAGUACGGAGACAUCGAGUCCAUCUACAGCCACAGUUUCGCGGUAGAUGGGAGAGAAAUCUCUCUGAACAUUUGGGAUUCACCCUAUUCAGAGCUGAACUCACAGGAAACGCCUGCUUCCCCAGCGCUCCACCGCCGGGGCUUCGCUCCUGGAGAGGAAGGUCCAGUGGGCCGACGGCUACGUCCUCGUCUACAGCAUCUGCGACAGAGCCAGCUUCACCGCCGUCGGCAGGCUCGUCCAGACCAUCAGGUCCACCAGAGGCGGCGCGCCCAUCGUGGUAGUGGGCAACAAGCGGGACCUGCAGCACAGGCGCGCGGUGCCGAGCGACGAGGGCCGCCGGCUGGCCCUCAGCGCCGGCUGCCGCUUCUACGAGGUGUCGGCGGCGGAGAACUACCACGGCGUGCUCGCGGUGCUUCACGGGCUGGUGGACGGGAUGAAGGACGCCAACAAGAGCAGCAGGAGGCCCCUGGGGCUCAGGGGCAUCGUGAAAAGCAUGUCCGCGGUGUUCGGCCGGAGGCGGACGGACUCGUUCUGAGAGCGCGAGCGACGUGGGAGAAGGGGGCGCGUUGGGUUCGUUCGCCCGGAUGGAUUUUAAUUGGCCGGUGUUGUGGGUGCGGCUCGCGCUCCUGGGCCAGAGAUGACGAAGGAGCCUCUGCAGGCGGAGACACAGCGGACGGUUACUCUGGGGAGGAAGCGUGGAGGCUGGAGUGAGCUUUGAAUGAAUGUGCCCUCAGGAAUGAGACAUGAACCAAAGACCGCAGCAACAAAUGUUAAAGAUUCACCCACAUAUGUGUAUAAACUUAUUAAAAGUGUCCUUUUUCAUGGUUGUUACUAAUUCCGUUGUGUAUAUUUAAAUUUAUUCAAGUGUCAUGUCUAAAGUUUGUUCAAAGCCAAUAAACUUUUAUCUAAUGCUGUUUGAA